GUUAUUGUGUGAACGAAAAAUAAUUUUACGACUUUCCGUAAACCUUCCCGUAAAGGCUCAUGGGAGUGUACAAAAUUCAAAAUGUCGGGCAGUGAAGACAAUUACGAGGUUGAUGAAAUUCUUAGAGAAAGAAAGUCUAGAAAAGGGUUGGAGUAUUUAGUGAGAUGGAAAAAUUUUGGCUCAUCAGAGGAUUCCUGGGAACCAGUGAAAAAUCUUUCUGGUGCCAAUCAGGCUAUUGCAAAUUUCUAUGCCAAAAUAACAUCACAGAAAAAGACUCCAAAAAAGAAGAGCCGAUCCAGAUCAAGGUCUAGAAGCAGUUCAAGAAGCAGGACUCGUAAAUCUGGCAGUCGUUCUCCUGCUCGUAAAUCAGUGACGAAAACUAAAACUACCAGAAAGUCCUCUCCAACCAAGGAGGAGUCUAAAACAGAGACAGUCACCACAUCGCCAGGCAGGUUUCAGAAGACAACAGAAACACUGACGAGGUCAGUGCUAACACCAAGUACUACGCAGCGCAGCACAUAUGUGACCAGAACAUCUGAGGUGAAGACCACAACCACCAGCAAUGAGCCACCUAAAUCCGUCACAUCUUCAAAGUGUGCAGGCUGGAUGCAAGUUUGCUGUGCCCCUUGGAACAAGAUGAAAGAGUGCUGCGGAUGCCUCGUCCAAUCGGAUUACCCAGCCAUCAUAAUAUGUGCAACUAUCGCAAUUAUUUUCCUCAGCUUUGUUUUGGAGAAAAAUGUUGAUUUUGAGAAGGUCUGGGUUGCCAUUGUUGCAUUUUUCACCGACAUCUGGGCAUGGUUAUCAAAACUUGUCUCGAAGUAGCAGUUAACAGGUUACAGGUUACAUGUACAAGUUGCAGGUAGCUCAAAGGCAGCACUUUAAAUCUCAGACAUCCAUCAGGGCCCCCCCAGGUCAUCAUUUACUAACAGACUAACGCAAUAAAUAUUUGUAUAUGAUGUACAUGUAUAGAUACUAGGUAAUGUAGUCAGGUGGUAUAACUGUUGUUUGAAAAGUUUGUACAUUUUAGUAUUUUUAUACAUUUUGUAUUUAAUCACAGAAUAUCGUGGAAUUUUUGAUAGGGCAAAGGAAUUAUUUCUCAAGUCUGUAUGCAGUUUUAUGUAUAAAAAAGUUAAUGUGCCUUUUUUCAUGUCAUACAUUUUGAUUUCAUUAUUGUUUGAAAAGAAACUAUCUAUCAUGUCAUCUUCUUUCCUUCACUGAAACUUUGUCAAUGGUUAAUUAUGUGCAUAAAAGGGGCUUGUGAGCAAGUUUUACCUGCCUGUCAUUCUGGCCCAUUUUCAAUGUUUUACAAACUACAUAGCAUGGCCUUUAAACUAAAACACUAUGCAAAGGUUAAAGUCUUCUUCUGAACACCGUGUUUCUUUUCGUUAGCUGAAUAAUGAGUAGGAAGUGGUAGGAAGGGUUAUUUCUUUAAAUCUGUAAAUAAUGAUAAUCUAGAUGUUGUAAGCUUUUAAAGGUAGCUUUGGUGCAAAAUGAAUGUUUUGAAUAUUUCGGAGCUUACAAACACUUGCAUUUAUCAUACAUAUGUCUGCCAAAUGAUUGACAUGAUAUAAUAUACUCUUUCAAAAGGUAUCUGACACUUAAAUGACAUGAAUUGCCACAGGGUAGUUUAAUACUUCAAAGAUAUAUACAUACAUGAUGUACCUUUUUAUGUUUUUAUUGAGAAUUUUUAAAGGCAUUGUUUUUAAGCAAUAGCUUUGAUUUUUAAAAUGAAUUUUAUCUAUGUCUUAUGAAUAAUUCUAAUGCAUAAAAUUAUGAUGAACUGUAUUUAUACAAAUUAUUAAUUUUUUGGAUUGAAAUUUUAAUAUUUGAAAUAUUUUUAGAAAUGCAGUGACUGACUGUGAAUUAACCAAUAUAUCUAUUUAUCAUAGAGAUUUUGUAGUUCUUUUUUAAGUGUUUUUUUUUCUCCCAAUGAAAUUGACUUUGUAAUAAUUUCAUUAUGUUUUCGCCCAUUUUAAAGUCCACAUAAAACAGCAUUUUUUAAACUGAUCUCACCAUCUAUUGGACAUGAAAUAUUGUUAUUAAACAGGAAUGGAAAAUUGUGACCUGACCAUGGCUCUUUUCUGGUCCAUAUCAUGCAGAGAAUAAAAUUUUUGUCCACCAAGUGCAAGAACGUGUUAAGUCCUUCUAAAUUUAAUAGUAGUUAACCAGUUACUGCAUGAAGGUGACAAAAUACUUUAUUUUAGUUUAAUAACUGCAUGUUAUGUGAUCAUAAAUUUCUGUCAUGCUCUUUAUGUUUUCCAUGCUGCACUGAACUUUAGUCAUUUAUUUUGUCUUUUUUUUUGGACUUCUGCAAAUGUAUUCAUGGAAUGUAGAAAAUGCGUAACCGAAAUGGGGAAAUAUGAAAUAUGUUAUUUUUACAUGAGUGAUUUUUCCUGCUAUAUUUUACAGUCUGAAAUUUUGUUACAGUCAAUUACACUGUUUGUUUCCCUGAAAUUUUUGAAUUUCAUUUAAUAUGCCACUGUGCACAUUAGUCAGUUGUUACCAGUCAUAACUUAACUGAUUUAGAUAAGCUUGUUGAUAAACUGUAAUAGCUGGAAGACAGUAAACUGUUACAGAUAGCUUUUGCUAUGUACAUUUCAAAAAAAUUGAAAAGUUGAUUAAAUUUUGCAUAAAAAAAGUAUUUACAUAGACAGUUUCUCUGUUAUAUUUCUUGCAUGUAUUUUUUAGGUAAAAGACCUAAUAUGAUUGUAUACAUAAUGGAAGUAAAUAAUAAAAAAAAAACUAACCAAGAAAGAAUUAUGUAAAAAUUUGCAAUUUAAUAAAUGAAUAUUUUUUCUGAAAUUUUAGCUUUAGCUUAACAGCCAUUCAUUUUCUUCCGUUUUUAAAUAAAAAACAUCUUUAGUCAACAUUUUAUUAAGAAUUGUGUUCAAAUUCUAUUUUCAGUAUUGUUUUUCUUAAUCUUUUUUUUUUGUACCGGUAUUGAUAUUUUACUUUUUUUA